ACGAUGGGAAUGAUUUUACCAACGAAAGCUUUGGCAACACAGUUGACUGUUAAAAGAAAACUGAGUGAGAAUCCCUUACAGGUUCAGGGCUCCUCAUCCCCAGUGGCACUGGGUGUAAGGAUUCCUACCGUGGCACUGCACAUGACAGAAAGGUUGGACACAGCUGUAGAGCAGCUGUAUAGCAUCUUCACUGUGAAGGAUCUAACAAAUAAAAAGAUCGUCAUGAAAUAGAGAUGUAGGAAUUGGCCAGAAGAGCACUAUGCAACAGUUGCACUGAAUUUUGUGCCCAUCCUAGGGCAAACGCAAUUACAGUUGGACUGUAAAGGAGUUCCUGUCUGUAAAGAAGAGAAUAUGAAAAUCUGUUGGCAGAAGCAGCAUUUUGAAGAAAUAAAAGAUUUACUGCAGUUGACCACUCUGAAUUAG